CAACAGCUGGGGGAGGAUUUCCGAGCCCGUCACAGCGAAGAUGGUGGCAACUCCAGGCGUGUGGAUGUUCCGUUCGCCCGGAUAACACGGUAUAACAGCCUCAAGACCCUCCUGGGCAGGGGCGAAUGUAUUGACUGGAGAAGCUAGCCUUUGAGAGCUUACAAAGGCGGACGGAAGAGCACACACACUAGCCUUAGCGGGCACUCUGUGUUAGUUGGACACAUGCAUGCCAGCAGAAACUAGAACCAUCCAGAACCGGAGCAGUGAUAAGAAGUCUGUUUUUGGACGCUUUUGGAUCUUUUAACCAAGGAUAUAAGCUUUCCUCUUAUUCGCUCAGGGGAUUUUUUUCUUCGCCCAGGGGGAAAUGCGAAGGGAGGAAACGGAGCUCCAAAUAACCACAGUCCUCACUGGGUCUCCUCUCCAAAUGCAGGAAAUACGGCCUGGGAAAAAAAAAGUUUGGGAGUUUUUUUUGCAAACAAAAUGGGUGAUACGGCUGACGUGCACGACUUGAAUUGAAAGUAGUUAAUUUUUCACAAGCACGCACUGCUCGAGUGCAAUGCCUGAUAGCGGGGUAAAGUGUUCACAUGUUAAAUGCCGUGUUGUGUUGUUAUUGCAAAGACUUUUGAUCAUCACUAUUUAUAGAGCAGCCUCGACCCAGGCUGUUCCUCGUAUCUUGUAUGUUUUGCCAACUGCGCGCAACAAGUUGCAGACACUCCCAGCAGAGGCAAAGCGACGCUAAUUUGGGCCAGUGGCUGCUAUUUUCUGCGCUUGUCUUUUCGGAUUACACUCUCGGAAUAGCAUUUACCCCUCCCCAGUCCCCUUUGGAAGGCAGAGGGGGGGAUAAACGCAAGAGAUCCGGAGAGGGAGUUCAGGAAAGGACGGGGCUGAAUCCGUGGGAAUAGGCCUGCCAGGCCUCGUAUAUACUGGCUGGAUUCUGGUCUUGGACUGGGCUCCGGAAUAACACUGUCAGGAAGAUUUGUAAGACCAAAGGUGGAAGGAGAGAAUGCACGGAAAUCCAAGUGUUCAGCGCGUUGCAUGCGAAGGAAUGCACAAAGUAAAGCCACCCAAGUGAACAUUUUGAAGGUUGGAUUUACAUGUUUUCUAUAUAUUUUUCUAUGUAACUCAUAUUUUUGGAUAGAGCCUCAACAAUGGGGGUGUUAUUAAGAAUGAAGGUGUCAUUUGUUGCAUGCACUGUUUAAGUUGGUGCACACCAGCAACUGUUGAUAACCACAUCUGGACGUGCUCACACAAUGCAGCCCUGGACCUGACAGCUGCUUGCUUGACACAUGGUGGACAAUAAGACUGUCUGUCUGGAUUUUCUUGGCUGCCUGACUUUGUGAUGUCAACAACGCACCGAGGAGUCAAUUUCCAGUUGUGACGUGGGUGAUCAGGUCUCUUGCAUCACCAGCAAGUCACUUCCAAGAAGGAUGUUCAAUGCUGGAGGCAGACAUUGAGGUGACUGUUGUUUUGCUGGAGAGAAACUCGGGCUCAAACCCAGAUGCUCUUUGCAGAGUGAUGCAUGUAAUGUGAGCGGUGACGCAAAUCCAGAGUCUCAUCAUGAGCAGCUCACUAAACUGGAACGGUGUGUCUGGUGCGAGUGAGUGUUCCAGCUCCUGCGUGCGUAACAAAGACGUCUGCGUCUUGUGCAGUGUACUAUCAGUGUGAUUAUUCCAGCAAACACCCCCAUCCAUCCACCUAUCACCGUGGUACCACAUGUGAACACGCGGCGCCCACGCACCACGUCUAAUUGCCUGAGCACCAUCAGAAGCUAUUAAUAUUUAACUCCACUCCGUCACCCCUCCUCUCCAGCGUCAGUAUGGCCACGCUGCAAGAUCAUCAGCAGCUUCUCAUGCACGGCACACAAGUGAGCUGCAAUUCCAGUGGGGAUGGUUCUGUGACUGUGCAGAUUACCAACAGCAUGCGGCCUACCACCAGUGCCGGAGGAGGGGCCAGAGGCUGUGAGGAUGGGAGUAAAGUGAACCUUAACCUCCACAAAUACAGUAUUUCCUCCAGCUGCAGCUCCGCAGACUCCAGACUUGUAAUGACCUCCACAACGAGGGUCCACAGGAAGGCACCACCACUUUUUGAACGCUCCGCCGCACAGUGCUGGGACCCCAAGUUUGACUCCACCAUCCUGGAGGAGGCGUGCCAGGAGAGGUGCUUUCCUCAGACUCAGCGGCGCUUUCGCUAUGUCCUGUUCUACCUGGCAGUGGCAGCUGUGCUCUGGGCAGUGUACUUCAGUGUCAAUAGUGACCGCUGCCAACCCAUGACCUUCCUAGCCCCCACGGCCUCCUUUCUGGGCCUCUUAGUGCUCCUCUUCUUGUUCACCUUAACCCACUACUACACUCAGCUGUACAACCAAACCUCUUUGUUCCUGAUUGCAGUCACCUUCGCCAUAACCUUGGCACCCCAGAUACAGACUGCAGGCUACACUGAGUUGGAGUGGGCUCACCAUGCAAAUGCAUCGUACCACUUUCCAGACACACCCCCAUCGCCUUGCAUCUCCCCGGUGGCAACCUUUUCUCUGUGUAUAGAGGUCCUCUUAUUGCUAUACAGUGUCCUCCAUGUGCGCCUGUAUGCCUCAGUGAUGCUGGGCUUCUUAUACUCUAUAUUAUUUGAGGCAUUAGGGUGGCUACCGUUGCUUCACAGAAGCGAUAUUUCCACUGAAUUGGGGUCAGAUUUGGGGAGUUCUAGCUCCAACUGGGAAACGGACACUCUCCACUGGCUAGGUCCAGCCAAAGCGCUGCUCCACUUGUGUGCCCACAUCAUUGGCAUCCAUUUGUUCAUUAUGUCAGAAGUGCGUUCCCGCAGCACUUUCCUCAAAGUAGGACAGGCCAUCAUGCAUGGCAAGGACCUAGAGGUGGAGAAGGCCCUGAAAGAGCGUAUGAUCCACUCGGUCAUGCCUAGACGUGUCGCAGACGAGUUAAUGAAACAGGGUGAUGACGAGGGCGGAGGGAGUGAGAACUGUAGCAAGCGUUAUUCUUCUGGUGCAUGUUCUGCCUCAGCUGUCUCAGUGGGCGGUGGAGGAGGUGUUUGUGGUGCUUCGCCACCUCAAAGUGCCGCGAGCCCCAAGAGCCACCUUCAUAACAACCACAAACGCAAGAAGACCUCCAUCCCACGGGGCCAGAUAAUAUUUCGACCUUUCAACAUGAAACGUAUGGAACCUGUUAGCAUCCUCUUCGCAGAUAUUGUGGGCUUCACAAAAAUGUCUGCCAAUAAGUCAGCACCAGCCUUGGUCGGUCUUCUAAAUGAUCUCUUUGGACGCUUUGACCGUCUCUGUGAGCUCACCUGUUGUGAGAAGAUCAGCACACUGGGUGAUUGUUAUUACUGUGUAGCAGGCUGCCCUGAGCCCAGACCAGACCAUGCUUACUGCUGUGUGGAGAUGGGCCUCGGCAUGAUCCAGGCCAUCGAACAGUUCUGCCAAGAGACAUGUGAGACCGUCAGCAUGCGUGUCGGUGUCCACACCGGCACCGUGCUGUGCGGUAUUUUAGGAAUGAAGCGCUUCAAGUUUGAUGUGUGGUCAAAUGAUGUCAAUCUGGCCAACUUGAUGGAGCAGCUUGGCGUGGCAGGCAAGGUCCACCUCUCAGAAGCCACUGCUCAAUUCCUGGAUGACCGUUACCAGCGGGAGGAUGGUCGAGUGGUGCAGAGAGCUGGCGAGAGUGUGGUGGAGAAGCUAAAGGGGUUAAAAACCUACCUGAUAUCAGGAAGGAAAUCGGGAUGUGACGUACUGUGUGGCUGUUCUCAGCGGGGAGGUGAUUUUGUUGGGCUGAGCGUGCACUCCUGUCCCCAGAGCCAUACCCCGGACAUCAUCCUUGGGGGUGGCCAAGUUGCUGAGCCUUUGCUGCCUAACCAACCACCAGACAGGACUGGGCCUCCUUUUGCAUGCCGUAGUGAGGUCAUGCCUUCAGUGACGGAGGAGGGCGAUGAGGUGGCGGUGCUAAACGGCUGCCAGGAUGAGCACAAGACUAGCAGUGCCAAGUUCCUUCCUAGUAACAGCCUUAGGACGGCCAACGGUCUCCUUUCCCCACCACGGGAGGCGGCAGUGCGGGCAAGCCAAAGCUCUCUCUGCGACAUGCUCCAGGAGAAAGAGAAGAAGACGAGCACUAGCACAAUGACGGGCACCAGUGGGGGCGUGGCUGUUGGCACUGGACAUGGGGGUGCCGGCAUGGAGCACUCUGCCCUUAUUCAGCUGCGUGCUAAGAACUUUCGAGAAAAGAGUGACGCCCACUUUGUGGAUGUUAUCAGAGAGGACAGUCUGAUGAAGGAUUAUUUUUUCAAACCACCCAUCAACAAGAUCAGCCUCACCUUCCUAGACAGACCAUUGGAGAAAGCCUAUCGCAGCAGCUACAAGGAUGAGGUGAAAAACCAGGUUCAGGAGCAGACCUUUGCAAGUUGCACGUUCAGCUCCUUCCUUGAUGUUCUGCUCAGCUGUUUUGUCUUCUUGGCUCUCACCCUGGCAUGUUUCCUUCCCCCGCUGGUGAGCUCAGCCACUGUGGGCCCUCCAGCUUCUGCAGCACUGGCUGUGGCUCCUCUGGCUGGCCUGUUGGAGUUAGCCUCGUUGGUUCUCUCAAUACGUAUGGCCUUCUGUUUGGAGGAAGUCAUGAACUGUACCCGCUCCCUACUUCUGGUGGUAUCUGGCUGGGUGGCUCGUCAUGUGAUCGGAGCUGUAUUAGUGUCCUUACCAGCUAUUUCGGUUUUGUCCCACUUUACUUUCGGUGUCCAGCUGCCUCUUCAGCUGACAAUGUUCUUGUGCUGUGCCACCAUCCUUGCCAUCAUUCAGUACUGUAACUUCUGUCAGCUAAGUUUUUGGAUGCGGUCGGUCCUGGCCACUGCUACUGGGGUCACCCUGUUGCUGUUGCUUUACAGCACCUUGCACAGCUCCAGUAAUAACAGCUUGCCGGUUCAUGGACUGAACAUCUCCACAUUAAGUAGUGGUGGUUCAUCAGACGCUGAUGUUCCUCUACGACCUCACGAUCUUCUGGUGCCAGAAGCGGUUCUUGCCUUCUUCCUCCUGCUUCUCUUGGUCUGGUUUCUCAACCGCGAGUUUGAGGUCAGCUACCGUCUGCAUUACCAUGGCAACGUGGAGGCUGACAAGCACCGCUCCAAGAUCCAGAUGAUGCGGGACCAAGCAGAGUGGUUACUGGGCAACAUCAUCCCCAUCCAUGUUGCUGACCAACUCAAGGUGACGCAGAGCUACUCCAAAAACCAUGACAGUGUUGGCGUGAUCUUUGCCAGUAUUGUAAACUUCAGUGAGUUCUAUGAAGAGAGCUACGAGGGAGGCAAAGAGUGCUACCGGGUCCUCAAUGAGCUAAUUGGUGACUUCGAUGAGCUCCUACGAAAACCCGAAUUCAAAAGUGUGGAAAAAAUCAAGACCAUCGGUGCCACCUACAUGGCCGCAUCAGGGCUGAAUGUUCAGCAGUUGGCGGAGAAUGAAGAGGACUCUCCGCAUGCUCACCUGAGGGCGCUGUUCAACUUUGCCCUGGAGAUGAUGGGUGUCCUGGACGACUUCAACAAGAACAUGCUGGGCUUCGGUUUCAAGCUACGCAUCGGAUUCAACCAUGGGCCGCUGACAGCGGGGGUGAUCGGCACCACAAAACUGCUGUAUGACAUUUGGGGAGACACGGUCAACAUUGCCAGUCGCAUGGACUCCACUGGUGUGGAGUGCCGGGUGCAGGUGAGCGAAGAAAGCCACGCUGUGCUCAGCGCCAUGGGCUUAGAGUUUGAUUACAGAGGUACUGUGAAUGUGAAGGGGAAAGGCCAAAUGAGGACCUUUCUGUAUCCUAAAAAUGGGGAAUGUAUGUGCCAAGAUCAAACAGAGGUCAAUGCCAGGGUCGGGCCGUCGCCGGUGGCAUCAUUGACAAACACCACAUCGGCUGUCACACCCCCUCCUUCUUUUUCUCCAACCAAACUCCCUCCUCACUUACAGAGUGCAGUAAGGCCAAAGAUAGUCCCAGCUCCAUCCACAGAGGCGAGGAAAGAAGGAUAUAGGGACGCUCCACACCAUCCUGAGCACCCCUCUGCCAAAGACUAUCACUUCCCUUCCACCACCUCUGAACUUGUCUUUCUACCCGGAGGUGCACAGUCCCAUCCCCCUGAGGAGGAUGCUGACGAGCUAACGAGACUCAAUGAGGAAUUCUAUGCUCGUCUCUGAUCUAACUUAUCCUCCAUCCCUGUGCUUGCCUGUGCCCCCUCCUCCUGCUGUGAGCUGCUAACACUCCCAGGUUGUUUGCUGGUCCAGGCAGGAUGUCAACUUCCUCCUGGCAAGUUAUGAAGAAAAGGAAUAUGGUUGAGGUUGAAGAGGAAAAAUUACUACUUGCGCCGUUUAUUGUUGAGUUGAAUUAAGUGUUGCAGUGGACCGAACCUGUGUUGAACACAGGAGAGAAGGAUAAGUGGCAAGGUUGUGUUGUUCAUGUUUUGUGUUCUUCAUUUUGUUAUUAAGUGCCUUCAGGACUAGAACAGAACAAAUACCGAACAAAGUUUUAGCAAUCUUUGCGUGGCUUUUUGCCCCAUAACACGUAGACUGCUGAAUUCUCUGUGGUUUCUUCAUUUUAGAUGAAUCAAGUGCCAAUGCAGCAUUACAGGCUGAGCAGGGAACUAUGGAAAGAAUGAGGGAAUCACAUGAAGCAGUGUUAACUUUCUCUAUGUAUUCUGCUUUGACAUGAGGGCUUUAUACAGUAUUCACAAUAUAAGACAAUUUGCUACAAAGCAGGCUGCGUAGAUUUGAUUUUGUUGUAAAUGCACAUUUAAGCACAGGUCUUGCACAAUGUUUUUUUUUUUCUCAACCACUUGUAUUUAGAGGUGAGAUAGCAUUAAAAUAUAUAUUUCUGUCACAGUACAUUCAAAAGCACAAAAUUAAAUCGUAUAUAAAUUUGGAGAAAAAAAAAAAGGGAGAGCAUCACAAAACACAGGAAGGCACUUUAACUAGACUUGAUACUGUGACCCAAGAUCUUUGUGACGGGCAUGAAACUCGUACCUUUAGGCCUGAAAGGUGGGUAUAGACAUUGAAGUGAUGCUUAGUUCAAAGGUCACACAGCAAAGUCGGCUUCUUUGCCGUCUGACUAGAGCGCCCGUGGAGUGGAAUAGUAAGUAAAUCAAGUGGGACUGUGCGGGACAAUCACUUUGUAGGUCUUCAAAGACAAAGGUGGUUCACAUCGGAGCUUCAAAGCACAGAACUUUCAUUUGUUGCCUAAGCCACAAAAAAACCCCACAUUGGUCAGUCUGUCAGUUAUAUUUAUUGACUAUUUCAGUAUUUUCUACCUUGACCAUGAUGUUUGAUUUGGUGUUAAAAGGGGAGGGGGGGCUCUACGGUAUGGAUAGACUUAAUAUUGUGCCACUUUAAUUGUGUGAUCUUGAGGUGCAGUGCAGCCGAAACCAGCUGAUUGUUUUGUGUUGCCUAAAGGUGUGAGUGUAUUUGUGGGUAGUCUGCUUUUCAGAAUGUAUGGUAUCAUGCUGAAAAUAGGCAGUUGUGCUUUUCACACAAAGUAAUCUACAUUUCCUUUGAUAAAUGACAAGUCACGCAUUUUCGAUCCUUUUGUGGCAUGAGCUACACGCCAUCAAAUGUAUUCCGUCUUUAACCGGUUCCUUUGAAUGCACUUGUUUCUAAAUGAGAACUUAAUUUGAGUAUUCCUUAAUGUCAGUAAUGCAGAUAAAAGGACAUCAAACAAUGGAAGACAAAAGGAAGUGAACCUACAACAGGGCCACUGUUUAACUGAUCUGAGUGGCCUUUAUUGAUUAGAGGGCAGUUGUGUGCGUAUAGUUAAAUGCUUUAUUACGUCCCUGGAAGACAAUACAGUCGUGUGGAAUCGGUUGACAAAAAAUAUUAAUAGAAGUUUGCAACUUUGCCCUUGUGUUCAAGAACAAAAUACGGUAUCCAUCAGUGCUUGGCCCAUGGUUACUCAUGACAUCAUUACAACGCCUGUACAAUGGUUGAGACAACUGUCUCAGUACAAAAAGAGCCAAUAGAAGUAACACAAAGUGCUUUAUGGGUUCAAAGACCAGUUUGUUGGCAACUUUGAUGUACUUUCGUCAUUGUCAAAUGAAAACACCAGUUGCUGGGGUCAUUCUGUGUCAGUUAGCAUUGUUGCAGCAUAUCUCAUAUUCCAUUUGUUCAGAACCUUUUCAUAUUGUCGCCAGCUUUGUUAUUUUCUGAAUAUAUUGAGGUUCUUAAUGAAAAACAAGGUAUAGGGCAAUAUACAGUACAUAACGAAAUAUUCUCAGCACUGAUGGUGGACGCAGGCAAGAAGAGAAAAGCAACUUAUUAGAUACACUACACGUUGAAUUAAAUUUUGCACCACACAGUUUGUUUCACUUUUUUCUACAAAUGUGUUUAAUAAGAAUGUAUUGGGUGCAACAAGCAGGAGUCUUCACGUGCUUUGCUCAUGUAGAGGACAGUGUAUUGAUUGUUAAUGCUUGUGUCACAAGACCUUUUUGAGGUUUGCAGAGAAAGUGAAGUGGCCCUUUAGUUGUGCUCCAUGUCAUCACUCGUCACGUUUUGUUGAGCCAGAAAAGUAAAGAAGCAGACAUCAAUUUAACAUUUUACGAGGACUUCACAACACAAUCCCAGUCUGUCAAAUCAAUGUGGACAUAAAUCAGACUGUAAAAUCAAUGUGUUUGUUUUUUUAAGUACACUGGGGCAAAAAAUGAAAACUGUUUGACAACAAUGCUAAUUCCUUUAUGCGUUGGUUUAAUGCUCAUAAGAUGUAUUAUGUAUGUUUUGUGCACAUUACCCAUUAUCAUAUCAACACAUGUUCAUAAUCUGUACACAUUUGCACAAAACACUCAAAUGUUUGUACAUAUGCAGUUAAUGUCACGUAAUUAUGUUUUUAUACAUGUGCAUGUGUCCGAUUUUUGUCCGAAAACUAUGAAAAUGAGACACUUAUUCUCAGAGCUGAUUCAAUGUGUGCCUAUUUGAGUUUGAGUGUUAUGAUUUUUAUUACUCUUUAUUUUUCAGUAUGAUUGAAAUAAACCUCCAA